AUGGCGUCGGCAGCCCUUGAGCUAAUGGGCUUCGUCUUGGGCUCGAUAGGGAUGCUGGGAACCCUGGUGGCCACGGUGCUCCCCUACUGGCAGAUCUCUGCACACAUCGGCUCCAACAUCGUGACAGCGGUCGCCAACAUGAAGGGCCUGUGGAUGGAGUGCGUCUACAUGAGCACGGGCUCCUUCCAGUGCGACACCUACAACUCCAUCUUGGCGCUGACGGGUGACCUGCAGGCGUCGCGCGCCCUCAUGGUCAUCUCCUUGGUGCUGUCCGUGCUGGGGGUCUUCAUCUCAACUUUGGGGAUGCAGUGCACGGUCUGCCUCGAGGGCUCCGGGGCGGUCAAGAGUCGGGUUGCGGGGGCCGGGGGUUGCCUCUUCCUCACAGCGGGCUUCCUGGCGCUCAUCCCCCUGGCGUGGACCACGCACGAGGUGAUCCAGACUUUCUACAGUCCAACCGUGCCCAACAGUAUGAAGUUCGAGCUGGGCGAGUGCCUCUACCUGGGCCUGGCCUCCGCGCUGCUCUCCAUGCUCGGGGGCGGAAUGCUCAGCGCCUCCUGCUGCGAGGAGCAGGAGGGCGGCCGCGGGAGGAGGGGCGGUGGCUACCCUUACCCCGUCGGGGGCAGUGCCACUUUGGGCACAGGGGUGCGCCACAACCCGCAGGCCUACCGGAACCCCACGCUGCAGAUGGGAGGAAUAGGUGCAGCCAGCAGGGGGCAGACACUGAUCCGAAGCGGCAGCGGAAGCUCGCACACGAGUACGCAUGGCGGCCAGACGGUCAAAAAACCCCCGGCAAAAGGGUAUGAUGUCACAGGGUACGUUUGAGGCCAUCGGGAAAUGUGUCAACACCCCAACGCCACCAGACAAAAUGACUAUUUGAAAAAAAAGGAAACGUUUUGGGACUGUAUAAUUUUGUAAUAAAUACAUU